UUUUUGAAGCCCCUCAGCAGCCACUAUGAAAAUAGUGGCAAACCAUUAUACAAUGCAGAAGAUAUGAGGAAGUUUUCCGAGAUUCAUGCGCCAGGCUUGUUUGAUGUCCUCCUCAGUUCAAUUCUUAGAGAUGACUCUAGGCUGUCAGAAGACAGGAAAACACUGCAGGAGCAAAGAACAGUUGCUCGUCUCCAUAUUAUGACAUAUUUUAGGUAUCUGGCAAGGAAUGAAAUAGAAAACAAUGCUGAACUCUAAUGAGAUCGUGUGGUCAAAAAAAAAUUGCUUUUCAUCUUUGUCUAGAUCCCAGAAGUCAUGUCCCUUGCAAAAAGACCUGGGUCUGUAUAUGCACCAGCACCAAGAUCAAUUGAUAGGCACAACAUCAACUUACGGGAGCAGUAUCCAAGCUUGUUAA